AUGGAUUCGCACGGGAAAGAGCGCCAUAGCGAGGAAGGAACGGCUGCAAUUGAGCCCAUCAUUCUGGUCUUGUCGCUCUUGCUUGACAGUGACACUCCACCUGCGGCGAUGCACGGCAAGUGCAGCUCGUUCCUUGGGUUUAGCAACGAGAAUCGGUCACGAUGUGCAUACCGAAAAGGCGAUAUUGCGACGGCUGGGCCAGGAACGGAAAUCGAGAACGGUCCAGAGCAAGCGGUUCCCAUCAAGCACCUCGCUACCUCCCAAUAUAUGCUGUAG